CGGCCGCGCUGCUUUCGCCCGCCGCUCGGGGCCGGCGGUCCGGCGAGGGGAUGGAGGCCCCCGGGCCAGGGCCGCGCUGAACGCCGCCCUUCUCCGCACCCCCGGGGCUCCUGCAGGCGAGCGAAGACCCGGUGGAUUGAAGGCGAGCCGUCUGGAUCCGGGAGCCGAGCCGGGGGAGUCGAGUGCUUUGUGGUCCUGGAGACACGGAUACCCUGCUAGCCUCGGGACAUGGCUCACUUGAGAGAAUUCGCCAACCAGCACUCCCGGGUGGACCCAGAGGAGCUAUUUACCAAAUUAGAAAGGAUUGGAAAAGGAUCGUUUGGAGAAGUGUACAAGGGGAUUGACAAUCGCACCAAGGAGGUGGUGGCCAUCAAGAUCAUUGACCUGGAGGAGGCGGAAGAUGAGAUCGAAGACAUUCAGCAGGAAAUCACAGUGCUGAGCCAGUGUGACAGCCCCUACAUCACUCGCUACUUUGGCUCUUACUUAAAGAGUACCAAGCUGUGGAUUAUCAUGGAGUAUUUGGGAGGCGGAUCAGCGCUGGACUUGCUGAAGCCAGGCCCCUUGGAGGAGACUUACAUCGCCACUAUCCUGCGGGAAAUUCUAAAGGGUUUGGAUUAUCUGCAUUCAGAGAGGAAGAUCCACCGGGACAUCAAAGCUGCCAACGUGCUGCUUUCUGAACAAGGGGAUGUGAAGCUGGCAGAUUUUGGCGUGGCUGGACAGCUCACAGACACUCAGAUUAAGCGAAAUACCUUUGUGGGGACUCCCUUCUGGAUGGCACCCGAGGUUAUCAAGCAGUCAGCCUAUGACUUUAAAGCAGAUAUUUGGUCUCUUGGCAUUACAGCCAUUGAAUUAGCCAAGGGAGAGCCUCCAAACUCUGACCUCCAUCCAAUGAGAGUUCUCUUCCUCAUUCCUAAAAAUAACCCUCCGACUUUGGAGGGACAUCACAGCAAGCCCUUUAAAGAGUUUGUGGAGGCCUGUCUCAACAAGGAUCCCAGAUUUAGGCCAACUGCUAAGGAAUUACUAAAGCACAAGUUUAUCACUCGCUACACCAAGAAAACCUCAUUCCUAAUGGAGCUGAUCGACCGAUACAAGCGCUGGAAAUCCGAGGGCCACGGAGAGGAUUCCAGUUCUGAGGAUUCUGACAUUGACGGUGAUGCUGAGGAUGGAGACCAAGGUCCCAUCUGGACGUUUCCCCCCACCAUUCGCCCAAGCCCCCUCAAUAAACUGCACAAAGGAAUGGCUCUCAAUGGGUCGCAGAAGUCAGCCGAGCCCAUCAAACGGCAGCCAAGAUCUCAGUGUCUCUCCACGCUCGUCCGGCCCGUCUUCGGGGAGAAGAGGGAAAUGAAGACAAGCUUUGGAUGUCAUACUCAAAGGCCCGAUCCAGUUGGAAUGUGUCAUUUUAAGUUUUUAAAGGACUACUUGUGUAUGUUAGAUUUGGAACCAAUCCUCUCGCUACCCAAACUAACACUGCGGAGUUAUUUCAGCUCAAAGACAAGCACAAGCAGACCGGAGGCAACGUCGGCGCCAUGGAGGAGCUGGAAAACGCCUUCAGCUUGGCUGAGGAGUCCUGCCCUGGAAUCUCUGACAAACUGAUAGCACAUAUGGUGGAGCGGGUUCAGAGGUUUUCACACAGCAGGAACCAUCUAACUUCGACCCGCUGAGGAGGAUUCCUGCUGCUUUUCCGUGGGGAGGGGCCAGUUUUUUUUUCAGCUUCAUAAGAACUACAUGUUGAAACAAACCACCACCAUGUGCUGCUGGAUGUCACUUUGUGCUAUGGACUCUAGGACAUUUCAGAACUUUAGGUUCAUCAUGUCUCCAUGCCAACGAGGGUUGGGGGUUCAUCGUGUAAGUAUAAUAUGGUCCUUUGGAGGACCCGUGUGCAUGGUCUGAUUAUCUUUUUACACCUUAUUCCAGGGAGUUUCCAGUGGAUAUCUUUUUUUUUUAAUUCUAAUUGAAGCUUGUGAAAAGUUAUAAAAAAAAAAGAGGCUGCUGCCGAAUAAAGGUGGGAGGUUCUCCUCUUCAGCUACCUUUCAGAAGGGAAUGUAAGGAAGUCGGUACCUUCUGUGCUUUCCAGAGGAAGUGUGGUCUUGUCAACAGACAGGAAUGGUGUGAACGGAGGGGUUCUAGGCAGAAGCUCUUGCUUUCCCUCACACUACAGCCGUCAGUUGGGAAAAAAAGAGCCCCUGCCCAACCCUGCGUCAGCACCAAAAGUAUUUGGCUUCAGUUCCCACUUGUAGGGUGGCAGAGUGGGAAGGAGGGUGGGAGCCUGUGCUUUUUGCUUGGGCUCCUGGCAGGCAGAGCUGUUCCCUUCAACACUCAUUUAAAGGAGGAUGGCAUAUGGAGGGGUUGGGGGAACCCUGAGUGGUUUAGGGCCACACAGGGUAGUUAGAGAGCAGCACCAGAGUGUGUGCGAUCCCAAAGCUCUGCCUUCUCCCCUAGGGCCAAGAUGGCACUUCCUCUUGGCCUUGCUACAGGGGUUCUCUUUGAGUGGAGUGCACAUGAGCCAUGAAGGGCUUUGUCAAGCCCCACUAACCGUGCACUCGAGAGUGAGAGGUUGCUAAGGUCAGGAAGAGGCCCUUACCUGGGCAUCAAGCUGAAUGAUGCCAAAUCCCCUUUCCAGAGGCCGAGGCUCUUCUCGGCUCCUAAAAGACUAAACUAAACAUCACUCUAGAGCUCAGGCAGAAAUGGUGCCUGAGAAUGCAGUCUGCCCCAACUGCUCCGUGGGUCUUGGGCCUCCAAGAAAGCCUGCCUUUUCUCCUCAUCCUAUCAGCCUUAAGUGGAAUCCAGUUAGCCAAAGCCAAGCCUUGCCCUCAACGAGCUGUCUCUGGGGCUGCUUUACUAACCUGUGCAAAAACAUUGUGCCCAUCACCUAGGUUAACUGGGGGCCCCUCAGUGCACCAACUGCAAAAAAAAAACCAAAACGAAAGCUGUUUAACAAUGAACUUAAGUGCUGGAUUUUUUUCAUCUCAAGAAAAAGUCUGAAGCCAUAGUCUACCUUCAGAAGAGUAAGCCCUUUCGUUCCCAGGCUGAAGGUAGGAAGGAACAGAUGUGAUGAUUUACACAGGAAUCAGGCUGGAAGGCCUGAGGUUUAUUGGUUUGAGCAGCCAGUAGCAGGAGGAUGUACCCAGGUGUCUGGCAGCCAGGAACAGAAGGAAAGAGCCCAAACGGCCCCUAAGACUUUUUCCCAGGGCGAUGUGAUACAGGAAGACAACAGAGAGCUCCCCUGCUGGUUCUCCUACUUUAUAGUGUUCAUGAUGGUGGUAGACUUGCCUGUGUGAUAUUUAAUCAGGUACCUUGUAUUCUUCAUCGGCACCUAUGUCAGAAAUUAUCAUUUUUUUUUUUAGGGAGUAAAAUGUUCAUCUGUUUCCUCUGGUAUUUUGGGACAAAAGAUUUUAGUUUUCAAAGAUCAUUGAAAGGGACCUGCCACUUUCAAUAAAGAAAUGAACUGAAUCUGGUUGGGCGUGAAGCCCGUUUCUAUUCUUCAGCCAGGGCGGUGGCUCACCUGUGGUCGACGUGUCUCCAUAAGCCGAUUCUAACCGGAACCUGCCUCCUUUUCUCUGAGUGAUGUUGAGCGGGAGUUACUUUCGACUGUCUCAAAACCGUGCACUUUGUUUUACCCGUACAUUUCUAGCUGAACUAAAAAUGCAAAGCAAAGGUUGGGGCUAGCAGGGGUGAUGUUUUAAAUCACAACCUCGGCUUUGGAAGUCAAGUCUUGAUCGCUUUUUCGCUCCCCGAAAUAAGACCAUUUUGCUAAUGCUACUGGGCCACAAUCUCCUCAAGGACCAACUUUUUCAGAAGACCCUGUACACUCACCGGUGACAGCUACAGUCUUGAUCAGGCUUCUCAUGUGUAGGUAAACCCGUUUGGUAUAUUUUUGGUAAAAUUUGCCUAAAUGAGUACUGGUUCGUCUGAAUUCUUUUUUUCCACAGAGAGACUGGUUUGAAGAGGAAGUCUGAAAGGGACAUUGGAAUUGCCAAGGCUGAAAGAUACACAACCUAAGGGACCAUGUCACUGACUAGGUUUCUGCCAGUCCUGCGUAAAGCUUGGCUCUGGGCUUCUAGUUUCCUCUGUAAAGACAGGUUACCAAUUGCUCCUCUCAAAUCAGAGCACUUUGAACAAAGUGGAAUAAAAACCUGUGUCCUAAUUUAA